AUGAACGACAUGAACGAAAACUGGAAUGCCACUGUCUCUACUCUUGCCGACGCUCUUUCUUUAAGACAACCUUCAGUCGAUGUGGACUUUCUGGCUCACCUUGUGCCAAUCAAAGAAGCGAACUUCGUCCUGCGACAUGCCCCGAAGGAGCGCUUCGUCACAUACCCCUUAGUAUUACAGCCGUGGAUAAUCAACUUUGACGCUGAUGGGAAGACUAAAUGCGUGUUCACGUGGAACGGGGCGCAGAGUUUCAAAGAGGCAAAAUUCACCGUCACCUCAUGCAGUUCCGCCAACAUCAUGGUGAAUGACGAACAGCUGGUACAGGGAAUGCCCGUGGAUCUCGACGACUGCGAUACAAUACAGCUCUUUGAGCAUGCGAAGGCCGACUACCCGCGUAUCGACGUCAAGUUUUUCUAUCGCCUUAAGCAUGCUCUCUGCAGCAAACGAACACUCAGGACGUACAUGGUUCUCAGUCGUGCGGGUCAAGGAGGCUAUGGGACCGUUCAAAAAUGUCGCAAUCCUGUUGGAGAGCAGCGUCUGGCGGUCAAGAGGACUAAGGCUGGACCUCUACUUGCCAAUAGUACCACAGAAUAUGCAGAGAGCAAGGAGGUCGCAAACCUGGAGUAUAUCUGGGCGCAGGUAAAGGCAAUGAAUGCGCAGAAAUACCCCGGACAAAUUGACAUCGACCCACACAUCGUCAUGUUACGUGACCAUUGGGUUAAAGAUACCUUCCAAUUCAUCGUCAUGGACAUGGCCUUGGGAGACCUCCAUAGUCUCGUAAAGAAGAAGGAUGACAUCGGCGGCCGCGCGCGUCUCGAUGAGCUCGAAGUCCUCUCUAUCGCUCGCCAGGUGUUCAUGGGGCUCAACUUCAUGCAUUAUCUGGGAUAUGUUCAUUGCGAUAUCAAGCCCGCCAAUAUCUUGCUGUAUGGGCGGCGUGAGGGCGCGAUGGAUCCCUACAGCCACGUCGUCCUUGGCGAUCUCGGUAUAUCCAAAACGGAGACUGAUCUGGAGUUGAUGGCAGCGCGAGGCGAAGCCUUCAUUGGAACUCCCGGCUUUCUUCCACCAGAAGUGGCCAUCACAACGCUGAUCUAUUCCAAAGCCGUCGAUAUAUGGGCCGCGGGCAUCUCUCUGUACUACGCGUGCACGGGGAACUACCUGUAUCGAGGUGCCUCUGCAGAGCAAGUCCAGGCACGGGUGGAUUCGGGAAGGCACAUUUCCACUUUGGCACAGUUAAACAUCAGUAAAGCAGCCGUGGAGUUCAUCUGCCGCUGUCUUCAGCCGAACCACCUAUUCCGCCCAACAGCCGACCAAGCUCUCCUCGAUCCGUGGGUUUCCCCCAUACCCCAGCUUGGCGACCACCUCUUCACACCCGCGAACGCCGGGAUUGCGCUGCCUGUUUUGGACUAUCCUGCGAAUUUCUCGACUUUGCCAUUAGUUCCUCAGGCGGGUCCGUCUCAUCAAGCCGCCAAACAUACGCUCGGCGACGAUGUCGCACAGGAAGGGCAGGGGGCACAGAAGCGCAUGCGUGUUGAUGAGCCCCUGAUAGAGGCGGGGGGUGCGGUUGCAGCCGGAGGCUUGCAGCGAUAG